AUGCCGACGACAUGCUCGACGACGUCAGCCAAUGUCUUCAUUGGUGUGGGCGCCAUCACCCUCGCUGGCUGGGGUCUCCGGUGCAAACAAGAUCUGCACGAGGGCCAGUUCAUCGAUACCUACCGCGGUGAAGUCAUAACAGAUGCCGAAGCCACGCGUCGCGAAACCUCGUCUUCAAAAGCAAAAGCAUCCUAUCUGUAUUCGCUCGACAAGUUCGCUGGGUCAGAAGGCCUCAAAGAAGAAGACCUCUACGUUGCGGACGGCGAGUUCAUGGGUGGACCGACAAAGUUCAUCAACCACUCAUGUGAUCCUAACCGUAGGCAGUACACUGUCUCCUACAACAAGCACGACCCGAGAGAUUAUGACAUCGCGUUCUUUGCACGGAGGCUCAUUCCAAAGGGCGAGGAAUUGACUUUCGACUACCUUGAUAAGGAAGAGGGGGAGGGGAUGGAUGAGCCGGGUGCUACUACCCUCGGCUUCCCCUGA